AUGCAUCUGAUAUUCCAUCCGAGUCUGCUCGCUAGCAUCUUAAUCGCCUGGCUGUGUCCAUUUGCCUCUGCCUCAACGGUUUCUCCCAGUGCAGAAAAUUACGAGUCCAGGGAGCAGGUGUCGGAGAGCCCGCGGCAAGAUGCCACAGCAGCACCGGACGGAAGAGAUAACUCCACGCGCCGUGCGGCCGAGCACGAGGUCACCAUUACUUACCCCUCGCGCCUCAUCUACUACUUGAACGAGGAGUCGGAGAGUGUGUAUCAUGACCUGGACACGCGUGCGCGGAACCAGGCCACGGAUGGCCAAGCGAUCCACCUGGCGCAGGCAAGCUUCCAACUGGAGGCUUUCGGUUCCACAUUUACCUUGGAUCUUACAUUAAAUAACGAUCUACUGUCCUCAGAUUAUGUGGAAAUCCAUUAUGAGAAAGGCAAUCCUGUUCUCUCAAAGGGAGGAGAACACUGUUACUAUCAUGGCCAGGUGAGGAGCAAGGAGGAGUCUCGUGUGGCCUUGUCCACCUGCAAUGGACUGCACGGAAUGUUUGAUGAUGGAGAGUUUGUUUACCUCAUCGAACCGCUCAAACAGAGCCAUUCCACGGACACGGAGGCGCGACCUCACACUUUGAGGAGGUCAUCGUCUCUCCGCAUGACUGCUGUGGAUGAGGAUGAGGAUGAAGAUGAGGAAGAGCAGCCCUUUGAUGAGUUGUCAUGGCUGAGGCGGAGACGGAAACGAGCGAUGCCACGAAACGUGUUUGAGGAGAUGAAAUAUCUGGAGAUCAUGAUAGUUAGUGACCAUAACACGUUUAAGAGGCAUAAAAGUAAAAAGCACGCCAAGAAUUCUGCCAAAUCGGUGGUGAAUUUGGUUGAUGCUAUCUUUAAGGAGCAGCUGAACACACGUGUCGUGUUGGUUGCCAUAGAGAUAUGGACAGACAGAGACAGGAUUGCUUUGAGCGCAAAACCUCUGGAAAUGCUCCGGGAUUUCUCAAAAUACCGACAGCAGAAUAUCCACAUCCACGCGGACACUGUGCACCUUUUUACGAAUGUGACGUUUCACCACUCCAGGAGCAGUGUUGCGUACAUAGGGGGCGUGUGCUCCACUGGUCGCGGCGUUGGGGUCAAUGAGUUUGGCAACACUUUGACGAUGGUGGCCUCUCUGUCCCAGGGCCUGGCACAGAACCUGGGCAUUCAGUGGGAUCCCGUCAUUAGGAGGAAGGAAUGUGGGUGUAUGGAAUCAUGGUCGGGGUGUAUUAUGGAGGAUACUGGAGUGCAGCACACACGGAGGUUCUCCAAGUGCAGCAUCUCUGACUACAAGAACUUCCUCCUGAGGGGAGGGGGCUCCUGUUUAUUCAACAAACCCAAUAAGCUCUUUGAGGCCACAGAGUGUGGGAACGGAUAUGUGGAGGUGGGGGAGGAGUGUGACUGUGGAAGCAAAAUGGAAUGCUAUAAGGACUGCUGUAAGAAGUGCUCUCUGUCUAAUGGGGCCCACUGCAGUGACGGGCCGUGCUGUAACAUUACUUGUCUGUUUUACCCGCGAGGAUACACUUGUCGUUACGCUGUGAAUGACUGUGACAUCUCAGAGACUUGCACAGGAGACUCAGGGCAGUGUCCUCCUAACCUCCAUAAGCAGGAUGGCUACUCCUGUCAUCUGAACCAGGGCCGUUGUUAUGGCGGAGAGUGCAAGACCAGGGAAAGUCAGUGCAUGUACAUCUGGGGUCCAAAGGCCAGAGGCUCGGAGAAGCACUGUUAUGAGAAGCUGAACACAGAAGGCACAGAGAAGGGGAACUGUGGGAGUGAUGGAGACAAGUGGAUCCCAUGCAGUAAACAUGACGUAUUCUGUGGGUACCUGCUUUGCGCCAACAUAGGGAGAAAUCCCCGCAUCGGAACCAUGAAGGGUGACAUCACACCCACCACGUUCAACCACCAGGGCCGACUGGUAGACUGCAGUGGCGGUCACGUGUUGCUGGAUGAUGAGACAGACUUGGGGUAUGUUGAUGAUGGGACUCCGUGUGGCCCCUCCAUGAUGUGCCUUGACCGGAAGUGUUUGCCAAUCUCCUCUCUCAACCUCACCGCCUGCCCGUCAGGACCCGAUGGACGGGUCUGCUCCAAUCAUGGGGUGUGCAAUAAUGAGGCCACCUGCACCUGCGACACCACAUGGGCAGGCACAGACUGCAGCAUGCAUGACCCACCGAAGGAACCUCCUGUCAUCGAGGACGAGGGUCCCAAGGGUCCUAGCGCCACCAACCUUAUCAUAGGCUCCAUCGCGGGGGCUAUCCUGAUGGCAGCCAUUGUGCUGGGGGGCACAGGCUGGGGAUUUAAAAAUGUCAAAAAGAGACGUUAUGAUCCCAACGCCAACGCCAUCUAG